GUUAGGUCUAGCGUUAUGCAAACGGCUGUACAGCCUGUACUAAGAUUUACUUGACCGCUGUUAGCAGCGAUGGCCCCGACUCAACCCUUCUCCUCUCCACAUGUACACCCGUCAUAUCCUUCUCUCUACCUCUAUCCUUUAAACGACACUUUUAUCCCAAAACAUAUCUCCCUUCACAAUGACCAGCGCGUAACGAUCGGGCGCGACACAAAAAAAACAAAGACAAUAAUCCCAGGAGAGAGAAACGGUUAUUUUGACUCAAAAGUAGUAAGCAGACAACAUGCAGAGAUUUGGGAGGACAGUGGAAAGAUAUACAUCAAAGACGUGAAAAGUUCCAAUGGCACUUUCAUCAACGGCGAGCGACUCAGCUCAGAAGGAGUCGAGUCCGAGCCAUUCGAGCUCGAAAAUCAUGAUAUCGUGCAAUUCGGUAUCGACAUCAUUGGUGAAGACAACAAAACCACAAUCUGCCACAAAGUCGAGGCGCGCGUCACGUGCGUGUUCACAAAUGAAGAUGCGCACUUCGCUGCCCUAUCAUGUUGGCUUGAGGGCGAACUCCAGAAGACUCGCCAGACUGGUACAGUCGCUGAUUCCAGCGCACUCUCUCUCACCAACAACCAACCCGCUAUUUCGCUCGUCAUGGCGUAGAGUCCGAAUCCUGGACCGACAGACAUGCCGGAACCUCUCGCAUACCGCCUACCGAGAUGUUACCGCUUCCUGACAUGCAGCAGUUGCCUACUCUCCCCCCUCCACCGCAGAUACCCUCUUCUACUGUAGGUUCACAGCUACCCCAGUUACACUCCGACCCCCGCGAAUUCCUUUCUUCCUCUUCCCAUACGCAUACAGUCUUCUCCGCUCG